GCCGGCUUCCGUCCCAGAUGAGGCGCCCUCUUCAGCGGGUCUUGAUAGCGGGGAGACGCGUCAGCUGCUGCGGAGUCGACGCUCUUGCGCUGGGCGUGAGCGGAAGCCUGUCAGGGCAGCGGAGAAGGCACGGAGACAUGGGGGGAGCGGCCUGCUGGUGUUACUACUGCUGCUGCCCGCUCGACGCCUACUAGGAGUCGCCAGGCCUGCGCCUAGGCCUUCGCUGGAGCCAUGGACAAAGCUAUUGGCGGCCAGGAUAUGAAUAAAUAUAACGAGGACAGUGAACCCUUUACUCAACCCCCCAUGAAGUGUAGCAGAGGAAGUUCAAGCUGAAGGGAAUUAGAAUGUGAAACUGUCUGCUGAAGUAGAACCAUUCAUUCCUCAGAAGAAGGGUCCAGAUUCACUUAUGAUGCCUAUGGCGCUACCUAAUGAGAAUGGAGGUGUUAAUGGCGUAGAAGCAGCUCCUAUUCCCAGCUACCUGAUUACUUGCUACCCAUUUGUUCAAGAAAACCAGUCCAAUAGACAACUUCCACUCUAUAAUAAUGACAUCAGAUGGCAACAACCAAAUCCAAAUCCUGCUGGCCCAUACCUUGCUUAUCCCAUUCUUUCUACUCAGCCACCUGUGUCUACUGAGUACACAUACUACCAGCUAAUGCCAGCACCAUGUGCUCAAGUCAUGGGUUUCUAUCAUCCCUUUCCAGCACCUUACUCUGCACCUUUUCAGACAGCAAGUGCCAUGAAUACAGUUACAACAGAAUGCACAGAUCGUCCGACUCAGCCAAACCAAGUCUUUCCAAUGUGUAGCCAACGGAGUAGAAGUGCCAGCAGAGGAUCAAUUGUGCAAAAACAACAACAGCCUUUGCAGACCCACAUCAAAAGCAAAAGGCCUCCAGUGAAAAGUGUUGCUACCCAGAAAGAGACUUGUGCAUCCGGCCCUGAGACCAGACCGAAAAUUGUAUUGUUGGUAGAUGCUUGUCAACAAACAGACUUCCCCUCAGAGAUAGCAAGUAAAUCACUGUCUGAGAGCAUGAGCACCAUGCACUGGAAACCAAAAACUAGGCGCCGUCGGUCCUCCCAUCCUGCCGAGUCUUCUAGCGAGCAAGGGGCCAGCGAAGCAGACAUUGACAGUGACAGCGGAUAUUGCAGUCCAAAACACAGUAACCAGGCUGCUGCUGUGACCUCAAGGAGUGUUGAAUCUGCUGCAGGAAAUAUCUUGGAACCUUCAGUACAUCCAGCUGGUGCCACUUGGGCAAAUGUGAGCUCCCAAGCAACUCAGAAAAAGCCAUGGAUGGAGAGGACACCAGCCUUCUCAAGAGGCGGGAGACAAGCUGAGCAGCAUAAUAGUUCACAGCCUGCCUUUAGAUGUAGGGGACACAGUACAUCUUCAGAAAGAAGACAGAAUUUGCAGAAGAAACCCGAGAAACCUGUCAGCUCAAGCCAGUCAAGCAAAAGAGAGCAGAGUCCUGGCUCUUUAUAUUUUGAGGAUGAAGAAGAAUUUCCUGAGUUAAAUAGUGACAGUGGCAAUUCCAAAGGUGGCAACAUGCAGCUGAAAAAUGCACCCAAAGUGUUGGACGAUUUACCUGAAAACUCUCCAAUCAACAUUGUACAGACCCCAAUUCCAAUCACCACAUCAGUUCCUAAAAGGGCAAAAAGUCAAAAGAAGAAAGCCCUGGCGGCAGCACUGGCUACGGCUCAAGAGUAUUCAGAAAUCAGCAUGGAGCAGAGGAAACUCCAGGAAGCUGUUUCAAAAGCAGCGGGGAAGAAAAGUAAAACACCGGUGCAGUUAGACCUGGGAGACAUGCUGGCGGCGCUUGAGAAACAGCAGCAAGCUAUGAAAGCUCGCCAGAUCACAAAUACCAGGCCACUCUCCUACACAGUUGGCAACGCUGCUCCUUUUCACACCAAAGAAUCCACUAACCGGAAAUCAUUAGCGAAGGGGCAGCCAUCUGUGGGUUGCUUGAACCCUUUAGAUUCCACUUCCCCAAAAGUGAAACGAGGAAAGGAAAGAGAACUUUCAAAGCUGAAGCGUCCAACAGCACUUAAAAAGAUUAUCUUGAAAGAGAGAGAAGAAAAGAAAGGACGCUUAUCUGUGGACCAUACUAUUGUUGGAGCUGAUGAAGAACAGGAGGUUGAUCUGAACCUGACUCCUAACCAGUCAGAAGAACUUGCAUCACAAGAAGAACCUGGCCUGAGUGUACCAAGUGAUACCUCCCUCUCUCCAGCAAGCCAGAAUUCUCCAUAUUGCAUGACUCCGGUGUCCCAAGGUUCACCAGCAAGUUCAGGGAUAGGGAGUCCGAUGGCAUCUUCUACUAUCACUAAAAUUCACAGCAAGAGAUUCAGAGAAUACUGCAAUCAGGUUCUAAGUAAAGAAAUAGAUGAGUGUGUGACUCUCCUGCUACAAGAGCUGGUCAGUUUCCAGGAACAAAUUUAUCAAAAGGACCCCAUGAGAGCUAAAGCUAAGAGGAGGCUUGUGAUGGGUCUCCGUGAGGUGACAAAGCAUAUGAAGUUAAGCAAGAUCAAGUGUGUCAUCAUUUCUCCCAACUGUGAGAAAAUCCAGUCAAAAGGUGGGUUAGAUGAAGCUUUGUACAACGUCAUAGCCAUGGCACGAGAGCAAGAAAUCCCUUUUGUCUUUGCACUCGGACGCAAAGCGCUUGGCCGCUGCGUGAACAAGCUGGUCCCUGUCAGCGUGGUGGGCAUUUUCAAUUAUUCUGGUGCUGAGAACCUCUUCAAUAAAUUGGUUUCACUGACUGAGGAGGCCAGGAAAGCCUACCGUGAUAUGGUGGCAGCCAUGGAACAAGAGCAGGAAGAAGCCUUGAAGAAUGUGAAGAAAGUCCCGCACCAUAUGGGCCACUCCCGGAACCCUUCCGCAGCGAGUGCCAUUUCAUUUUGCAGUGUUAUUUCAGAGCCCAUUUCGGAAGUUAAUGAGAAAGAAUAUGAAACAAAUUGGAGGAGCAUGGUGGAAACCUCUGAUGGACUUGAAGCCUCUGAAAAUGAGCGAGAAGCCUCUUUCAAGAGUGCUGUUCCAGAAAAGCCUGGCAACAGUAAUAAGGUUAUUGUUAACAAGGAGCUAUCUCUAGCUGCUGUUGGGGUUGUCACCGUCUCGGCUCAAGUGAAAGCACCAAGCGGGAAAGAGGAAGUGAAGCCGGAUGACAACCUGGAAUGGGCCUCACAGCAAAGUACGGAUACAGGAUCGCUGGAUGGCAGUUGCAGGGAUAUUUUGAACUCCUCCAUGACGAGUACGACCAGCACCUUGGUUCCGGGAAUGCUUGAAGAGGAAGAUGAUGAAGAGGAUGAGGAUGAGGAUGACUACACCCAUGAACCUAUAUCUGAAGAGGUUCAGCUUAACAGCAGAAUUGAAUCUUGGGUCUCGGAGACACAGCGGACUAUGGAAACGCUUCAGCUUGGGAAGAGCCUUAGUGGCGGAGAGGAUGAUAACGCAGAGCAAAGUGAGGAUGAAGAACUAGAAACUCCUGAGCAAGUCGAGUCAGUCGUUGAGAGUGAGGAAUGGACAGCAGAGAAGCAUUCGAAUAAAGCGCAGCAGAAGCCUGCUGUGAGCACUUCCUUGGAUACGACGCCUAUGGACUCAAAUUAUAUACCAUAAACUCAAGCACAAACUCAGGAAACUUUAAUAUUUUAAAAUUAACUGUCGUAAGGAUUGCAGCCAUUGCUUUGUGUGCUUCAUCUCAGCAUUUUGCACUGUGUAACAUUUAAUAUGCGUAUUUAAUUCACUACAUAAAUAUUUUUUGUAGCAGUCUUUAUUACUCUUUCCAUUAAGAACUAGGAGUGUGUGCAUGUGUGUGUAAUGAAUAUAUUUAUAUCUUUCCUGAACAUGAUGAUAAACUGUUAAUAGGCCUCGUUUUGUACAAGAAUACUCUUUGCAACUGACCAUUUUUAUUGGAAACCUAUUCUCAAACAAGAAUUUCAGAAUUCUUCUGCUAGAGUGACCAAGUCUUGCUUUGUCCUUAACUUACAGGGUGAUAGUGUCCCAGAAAUUAAGCCAGAAUGAAUCUUUUUAAUGGGCUUUAAGAAAAUUUGGAAUCCUUACUGGCUAAAGGGGUUAGGGAGAUAUGCAUUAACCAUUCAUUUUAACUUCCAGAACUGCUUAUUGGUCUCUGGAGAUGAGUGUUUCAGAAAGACACUCUUGAGAUGCUGGCUGUGAAAUCCUUUGGCAAGACACUUUGGGAAAGAGAAAUUGGUUCCUUUCCAAUGAACUACUUAAACAUUGGGGCCCAUUAACCAUAGCAACUUUUCAUUGGUUUAGUUUCCUUAACUUUACUGUUUUCCAGUUCUCUGACUAUUCCUUAGUUUUUUUCACUUUAUCUCAGGAUGGCUAAUAUGAAUGAUUAAAUGCUAUGUAAAUUUAGAAAGUAUAAGUAUCAGAUAUUGAUAAUGCAGUAGACAGUGAAAUGGACACGGGUCUUUUUUUGGGGGGGGGGGUGAAGGUGUGAGGGUCAUGUAUUAGCACAUAGUAUCACUUUUUUUAAUUGAAAUUUGUCAGAAAUUGAGAAUGGGAUCCCCUGUGUUCUGCAUCAGUUUGCUCCAUUAGGAGUGUCUCAAUAAGUUGAAAGAAUCCAUUGAUUUAGUGAGGAAAUUCAGAUUGCUUUCAUUCUGAUAUCUUAAGUGAAAUACUUUUGUAAUUUUUGUAUGCACAGAGUCUGAAUUUUCCCCUUUUGCCCAUUGCAGAAUUAUCAGAUAAACUGCAUGAAAAAAAUAUCAAUCCAGUGACCAGUAUAGGAGAGUUCAUUGGCCAUGUAAAAGGACAAGUUUUUGACAGCAUAGACUUUCCAGUGAUAUCAUUAUGAGUUGUUCACAUAAUUAUUUGGGACCAAUAGCUUUAGCAUUUUCAGAAUUAGCUUUUUAUAUUGUACAGACAAAAAUGUGGUUCAGUGUCUUAAGAUCCUAACAUUGUUAUCCACUAAGGAAUGUAGCAGAAAAAGCAAAUUUGAGUAUUUGUGUAAUUUUUGGGAAUAUGGAAGAUGUUAAGGAGAAAAGUUAUUGGAAUUUUGUUAGGAUACCUGUCCUCCCUUUUUAAAGGGAUAUCCAUUUCUUUUCCCCUCCUUGUUUUCAGUGCUAGCAAUUCACAUCAUUCUUGAUUAGGUAUUUUAAAAAAAAUCCCCUUCAUCCUCAUUUGUAUUUGACCAGUUUCCAUUUUUAAUAAUGUAUAUAAGUACAUCAAAUUUUCCAUUGCUUCUACUUCCUGCUUUCGUACCAAAGGUCAACUUUCCUGUUGACAAACUGCAACCACUCUUCUCAGGGCAAAUAGAACAUUAUUGGUGAAGGAAGGCUUGCUUUAUAAAAUGUUCAUUGUGGUAAGUGCCAGCGGAGUACUAGUUGAGAAUGGAAUGUGUCCUUCACGUCUUUGAAGUCGGUUCUGAAUUAAAGAGAGGUUUUUCUGAUGCAGUGCAAUGAGAUGGUUGAUUCUGUCAUCUUCUGUAGUAAGCAUUCAUGUUCUGUUCCUUUUUGUAAUUCAGUGACAGUUCUUGAGUUUUUAGUGGCACCUUUGUUUAGAAAGUAGAUUCUUAUACACCGAAGAAAACUAUUUCUGUUACUAUACAUAGGUGGAAAUUUUGGACAAGUUCAGGAUAUAUUUUCUUUUUCGAAAACCCAUUUAAUGAGUUUGACUGUUUAUUGGCAGAUGAUGCUGGUUGUAAGGGAUGAAGUGUACAGUAAGAUUUAAAAAUCCUUGACUUGAUUGAAGUGAUUUGUGUAAAGAAAGUUUAAGAGUCUUCAGUAUUUGUAUAACAAUAGCUGUGGCAAAUGGGAACACAAAUUAAACCAAUGCACUUAAACCGAACUAGAGUCUGGGGUUGGGAGGUUGCUAAUACAAUAUUUAAUUCUAGAUGUGUGUAUAAUAGCCAAUAAAGCCUAUCAGUAUCACCCUAUCCUCCCAGCCCUAGUUUACAGUUUGAAUGGCAUCUCUUUGCAGGGUUAAAUAGUAUUCGAUUCCCUGAUUUUAAAGUGUAAGGCAUGAUUUUUUCAAUUAAUGCACUUGUGGGAAUUGUGGACAAAACUCUGGGACAUGUUCUUUGGGUGGGUGGAUGUACACGGGGUGCUUUGAGUCUCUUUCUUCAACCGAAAACUUAAAUUUUAAUAGCACAGAGGCAAAGAGUCCUGUAUGGAAAGCUUCUGUUUAAUGAAAUGGUCAUAGAAUUUGUGUGUGUAUGAAACUGUGCCAACUAAUCAAGUUUUUCAAUCAGUUUACCAGAUUUUAUCCUCUAAUUCAACAUGGAGCCUUUUUUAUAUAAAGUAACAAAGCCAUAAAUGGAAAUUGUACAGCUUUAUGCCCAGUCUUACCCUACAGUAACAAGAAAAGGUCUAAUACAAUUGCAAACAAUUAACUGUUAAAAAUGAUCAAAAUAGCUGGCACAGCCCAAUUAAUGUUCAUAUGUGAUUAAUGUGUUUUAGAGGCUAUAAUAAAGUAAUGCCUGUUCAUCUUUGAUACCUGUACACCAGUAGUAACAAAAUCUAGGUUUGAAAUAGAAAAUCAUUUAUGAAAUUAUUUCAUGAACAUGUUUUGUCUGUGUUCUCCUUUGAUGAAGGAUAAUUCUGUCUACCAUCCUUUUUGAGGGAAUAAUAACUGCUUUUUGCACUAUGUAAAUACUAGUGGGGGUUCUUCCAUAAUGAAUAAAAAUGAUUAUCAAAAAAAGGUCAUGUGAUGUUA